GAAAUAUCGUCAGACGUUCGCGGAAGACGAUGUACAUAGAUUAUAAUUCCGGAGACUUUUACACGCCUACGUGAUUGCUAAGAUUCGGUAGCAUAUAAUAAUUUUAGUUAACGCCAUAUCUAUCUGUAUAUUUUGAAUGUGUGUGCGCAACAACUAUCAACAACAAUUAUACAACACGCGAACUGCGAAGAAAAAAGCGUGCGGACUAAAACCAACCAAGAACAAUAACAAAUACAAAUACAAAAAAAGGCAAUUCGCGUCCGCACACAAAUACAAGUGAAACAACUGCUGCGACGACGACGAAACACACACACACAGCCAAACAAAAAGAGCCAUUGCCACAAAAAAUAUGGCGAAGGCGAAUUAGUGCAAUCUUGCAAACUUUCAAAUAUAUACAUAUGCACACUUACAAACAGCUUAAAAUAUAUACAUAUUGUGCACAGAGUGCGCCCCACCAAUCAAAGGACACCUGAGGGAGAGCGAGAAAGAGAGAGAGGACAUUGCUCAAAGUCAAAGCACUAAUCGCAAAGCAAAAGCAUAAAAGCGUUCGCGACCAAAGCUGAGCGCAUGCUGUGCGGAGGGGGCGCUGAAGAAAAAGAAGUGUAGUGAAGUGCAGUAAAAGCAAAGGCAAGGAUUAACAACAACAACAGGAUAAUAUUGGCAACAACGCGUGUGUGAAAUGAUAACAUGAUGGUGAUGAUGACAUUGCUGCCAGUUGCUGAGCUCUUGAGGAAAUUAUAAUACAAUCUACCUCCAAAGAACAACAACAAACCACAAUAAACAAGAAUAAUCGAAGAACAACUGGCAAAGCGCAGCUUUCUAUAACGCCAUCUAUCGUCGAACAACAACAGCAAACGCACAAGACAAAUACAAGAGUGAGCAAGAGAGAAAGGGCUACACCACAACAACAAUAAAAACAAGCAAUAUUCUGAAACAAAACUUAGACACAGCGACGACAACGGCGCUUGCAUUUGCUGUGUAAGUGUAAGUGAGUCUCGAGUGUGUGUGAGUGUGCAAUAACAAAACAUCAAGCGCAACGAACGAAAGCGGAGGCGACGAAUCCGUGACUGACUUGCAUCGGUCGUCACGUUGCCUUUUCGCCCGCCAAUAUGGCGUGCCUUAACACACUCAAGCAGGAGAUCAAAACACUGGAGAAAAUCUUUCCGAAGAAUCACGAACGCUUUCAGAUACUCAAUUCCAGCGUAGACGAGCUGCUCUGCAGGUUCAUCGAUAAGAAUGGCAAGCGUUACGACAUCCAUGCGAACAUAACGGAAACGUAUCCAUCAUCGCCGCCAGUUUGGUUUGCCGAGAGCGAGGAGACGAGUGUUACAAAUGCCGUGCAAAUCCUUAGCAACACAAAUGGUCGUGAUAAUCACGUGAUUAAUCAGGUUGGCAUAUUGCUGCGUGAGCUAUGCCGUUUACACAAUGUUCCACUGCCACCCGAUAUCGAUAAUUUAACGCUGCCGCUGCAAACACCGCCACCCUCCGCAUCACCCCUGCGCUUGGAUCGUUCCGGCGGCGGCGGUGGUGGAGGCGGAGGUGUUGGACCGGGUCCACAUGGUAACGAGGAGACCGAUUCGGAUCAGGAUGAGAUCGAGGAUCCCAUCGGUGAGAGCGAACAGGAGAGCGAAGGCGACGAGGAUCUGCCACUGGAAAUGGAUGAUGUACGGAGUACAAACAAAAAAGACGACAUGGAGGUGGAACAUUUAGCGACUUUAGAAAGACUGCGUCAAAGUCAAAGACAAGACUAUUUAAAAGGUUCAGUUUCUGGUUCCGUGCAGGCAACAGAUCGUCUGAUGAAAGAACUGCGUGAUAUUUAUCGGUCCGAUGCAUUCAAGAAGAACAUGUACUCGAUUGAGCUCGUCAACGAUUCCAUUUACGAGUGGAAUAUACGCCUCAAGUCCGUUGAUCCCGAUAGUCCGCUGCACAGCGAUCUGUUGCAGCUGAAGGAGAAGGAGGGCAAGGACAGCAUAUUGCUCAACAUACUGUUCAAGGAGACGUAUCCCUUUGAGCCACCCUUUGUGCGUGUUGUGCAUCCAAUCAUCUCAGGUGGCUAUGUGCUCAUUGGCGGCGCCAUUUGCAUGGAACUGCUGACGAAACAAGGCUGGAGUUCCGCCUACACAGUGGAGGCCGUGAUCAUGCAAAUCGCUGCAACGCUGGUUAAAGGCAAGGCGCGCAUACAAUUUGGUGCUACCAAGGCGCUCAACCAGGGACAAUACAGUUUAGCACGGGCCCAGCAAAGCUUCAAAUCCCUGGUGCAGAUCCACGAGAAGAACGGUUGGUUUACGCCGCCCAAGGAGGAUGGUUAAGAUUCGCUGGGUUGUAUGGCUUAAAGUUAAAGGAGCAAACGGACAUGGAUGUGGAUUAUGGAUGUGGAUGUUUUUGCCAAAUGUCGUCAUCGUCGCAGCAGCAUACAUGCAAUCAAAAGGCAGUUUCUUGAACACACACAACCAACUCUAGACUAUAGAGAACACACAACAACAUGGCUAACUACACAUAUUAUCCAACACCAACAUCAACAUCA